AUGCCAAGCUUCGGCCUCCCGGGACGCCCAGGCUGCUCCCCCGGCAUCACGCGGGUGACGGUGGUCCUGCCGAUGUCUGCUGGCACGUUGGUCUGCCUGGGCACCGAGGGCGGUGCCGUGUACUUCCUCACCCUGCCCACCCUGACGCUGCUGGAGGACAAGACCCUCUUCCCGGAUGAGAUCCUGCAGAGUGUCCCCGAUGACUACCGCUGCGGGAAGGCGCUGGGGCCGGUGGAAUCCAUCCAGGAGCACCCACGUGACGGCAGCCGGCUCCUCAUCGGGUACAGCCGGGGGCUGGUGGUCCUCUGGGAGCAGAGCACGCGUGUUGUCCAGCACCUCUUCCUGGGGAACCAGCAGCUGGAGAGCCUGGCCUGGGAGCAGAGCGGGAAGAGCAUCGUCAGCUCCCACAGUGACGGCGGGUACAUGGUGUGGGCGGUGAGCGGCACCGGCCAGAGGACCCAGCAACCCGUCAUGUCCACCAUCCCCUACGGUCCUUUCCCUUGCAAAGCCAUCAGCAAAAUCCUCUGGCGCACCUGCGAGUCGGGGAACCCCUUCAUCAUCUUUAGCGGGGGGAUGCCGCGGGCCAGCUACGGUGACCGGCACUGUGUGAGCGUGCUGCAGGGCCAGAGCCUGGCCACGCUCGACUUCACCUCCCGCGUCAUCGACUUCUUCACCGUGCAGGGCGCGGAGGUGCCCGAGGGAGGCUUUGAGAACCCCCGAGCCCUCGUGGUGCUGGUGGAGGAGGAGCUGGUGGCCAUCGACCUCCAGACGCCAGGCUGGCCCACCAUCCCCGCCCCGUACCUGGCACCCCUCCACUCCUCUGCCAUCACCUGCUCCUGCCACGUCUCCAACGUGCCCCUCAAGCUCUGGGAGAGGAUCGUCAGUGUUGGCGAGCAGCAGAGCCCCCGGCAAUCCUCUGCGGCUUGGCCCAUUGAUGGGGGGAAGAACCUGGCCCAGGAGCCCACGCAGAGGGGGCUUCUCCUCACUGGACCUUCCCUGGGCGUGAUGCCAUGUGCCACAGCUGCUGGGAGGAUGUGGGGGUGCAGUGGGGGGCCCACCCCACAGCUGUAUGAAGGGUCCCAGCCCCCCUUCACCUGUCCCCCCCACACACAGGUGGGCUGCUUUGAUCCCUACAGCGACGACCCACGCCUGGGUGUGCAGAAGAUCGCGCUCUGCAAGUACACGGCCAAGAUGGUGGUGGCAGGCACAGCAGGGCAGGUGCUGGUGAUGGAACUGAGUGACGAGAAGUCAGAGCACGCGGUCAGCGUGGCCACAGUGGACCUGCUGCAGGACCGUGAGGGUUUCACCUGGAAGGGCCACGACCGGCUGGCCCCCCGGAAUGGCCCCCUGCACUUCGCCCCCGGCUUCCAGCCCAGCGUGCUGGUGCAGUGCGUCCCCCCCGCCGCCGUCACCGCUGUCACCCUCCACUCCGAGUGGAACCUCGUGGCCUUCGGCACCAGCCACGGCUUCGGGCUCUUCGACUAUUACCGGCGCAACCCCGUGCUGGCCAGGUGUACCCUGCACCCCAACGACUCGCUGGCCAUGGAGGGGCCCCUGUCCCGCGUGAAGUCCCUCAAGAAGUCCCUGCGCCAGUCCUUCCGCCGCAUCCGCAAGAGCCGCGUGUCCGGCAAGAAGAGGCUCAACGCCAGCAGCCCCUCCAGCAAGGUGCAGGAGGCCAACGCGCAGCUGGCGGAGCAGGCGGGGCCCCCCGAGGUGGAGAUGACGCCGGUGCAGCGGCGCAUCGAGCCCCGCUCGGCCGAUGACUCGCUCUCGGGGGUCGUGCGGUGCCUCUACUUUGCCGACACCUUCCUUCGCGACGCCGCCCACCACGGCCCCACGAUGUGGGCAGGGACCAACUCGGGGUCGGUGUUCGCCUACGCCCUGGAGGUGCCGUCACAGGAGAAGUUCUCGGAGCGGGCGGUGGAGGCGGUGCUGGGGAAGGAGAUCCAGCUGAUGCACCGGGCGCCAGUGGUGGCCAUUGCAGUGCUGGAUGGGCGGGGGAACCCCCUGCCCGAGCCCUACGAGGUGUCUCGGGACCUCGCCAAGGCCCCCGACAUGCAGGGCAGCCACUCCAUGCUCAUCUCCUCAGAGGAGCAGUUCAAGGUCUUCACGCUCCCCAAAGUGAGUGCCAAGACCAAGUUCAAGCUGACGGCACACGAGGGCUGCCGGGUGCGGAAGGUGGCCUUGGUGAGCCUGGCCAGCGCCAGCGCCGGCUCUGAGGAGCGGCUGGAGAACUGCCUGGCCUGUCUCACCAACCUGGGGGACAUCCACAUCUUCACCGUGCCCAGCCUGCGGCCCCAGGUCCACUACGGCUGCAUCCGCAAGGAGGACAUCAGCGGCAUUGCCUCCUGUGUCUUCACCAAGCAUGGCCAAGGUUUCUACCUAAUUUCGCCGUCCGAGUUCGAGCGCUUCUCGCUGAGCGCCAGGAACGUGACGGAGCCGCUGUGCCGGCUGGAGGUCGCCCGGCUCCAGGACACCUCCUGCCUCAGCAACAGCUUGAUGGCGACACCGAAGCUGCCACAGGCGAAUGGCACCCACGUCCCGCGCAGCCCCGAGGGCCGGCACUCCCCCUCCGACAGCGACCGGUCCCCUGAGGAGCACUUGGCUGCCUUCUCGCCUGGCCCCAUUGACUCCCCCAACAGCAGCCUGGAGAACCCGCUGGACACCACCGGGGACACCACCGUGGAGGAAGUGAAGGAUUUCCUGGCGUCCUCAGAGGAAGCAGAGCGGAACCUGAGGAAUGCCAGCGAGGACGAGGCCCGGCCCACGGGGAUCCUCAUCAAGUGAGGCAUCGCCGGCCUCCCUGACCCAUCUCAGUGCUCGGAUUCCCGGGAUGCGCGACUCGACUGGACCCCCCGCGCCCCCUCCCCAUGUAACGUAGACUCGCCUCUUCUCUAACACCGCCCCGGCUCCGGCACCUUCCCCCCACACCUCCCUGCCUGGCCGCCGGCCCUGGACCCCUGAGCUGGGCCUGCGGGGCACAAACUCUUCCCGGGGAAGAUAUUUUUCUUUUUUAUACACGGUCAAGUGUCAUUGUCCCAUGCUCCAGAGCCCCCUUCCUGGGGGAUGCUGCUGCUUCCCCGGCUCCGUGGGGAGGGCUGGGGCUCGUGGGAUCCCCCUUGUCCGCCGGUUUUGGUCCCUCGGGGAGGUGGGGGGCCGGGAGCCCCUGGGCACGGCCCCCCCUAUACCCUGGUCUGUGUUUACAUGCCCGGCUCCCUGCAGUUUACAGCCCCGUCCCCUGCCAGCUCCGGCUGCCAUACAGGGACUGUCUCCUUCCCAGGGGAGCCCAACAGGGACCCCCUGGCUCCCAAGCAGGCACUGGAGGCCUUGAGCAGCCCGGGGAGGGGCACAGUGGGGGGUCACAGGUGGCCUUUUUCUCUUAGUGGCUUCUCCAAGGGCUAUUCUCCAGGUUGGGCUCCGUGCCUGCUGCUCCUUUCUGACACUAAUUCCUGCCACGGGUGGGUUUGGGAUGGGAUCAUGCUGUGGGAAUACACACCAGUUCCUGGUCCUGGUCCGUGUUGGUGCUGGGCAGGGGGGGCAGAUGGGGCUGCCCCAGCUCCCUCCUGCCCCAGGCUGGGCUGCCCCACCCUGGGGGUCUCACUGUGCCAAAUCCCCCCUGGGCUCUGAGCCCAGCCUUGCCCUCCCAGGGGGCUGUGGUGAUGCCGGCUCUGUCCCCUGGCCCAUGGUAGCUGUCCCCAUGGGGCUCAGCCUGGUCCCUGCCCCUCUCUUUUUGGGGAUCCAGGGCCGUUGUGGCCCCCCCACGGGCUCUCUUGCGGUACAUGUGUGGCUGAGGGGGUCGGGCUCUGUCGCUGCCGGCCGAGGCCGGGGCUGU